ACUUCUUACUUUCAGUCUUUCACAAUUUCUGUUUCAACUAACACCCCAUCUUUCUUUCUUAGACACUGCUCAUCGUUUCUCUCUCUCUCCUUCAAUUCCAUUAUUGCUGACGUUAGAGAUAGAUUAGGAAUCCAAAAAAAUAGAAAAAAAGGGAUCGGAGAAUCUUGAUGUGUGUUUGUGUGCAUGGUUGUGUACAAAAUCUUUAAAGCCAAAUAAAUCCUGCACUGCUUACGAUGACUCCUCAGUACUCAUCAAUCCAGGCAUGCAUAGAUAUUAUAUACAUAAUGUUAUGAUGAUUACUUGUUAUUAGUUCUUAGAGAAACAACAUACACAUACACGGGAAGCGAAUUAAUUAAUGAAAAUGGCCGUGAGGCUUGUCCUCUUAACAUUCGCCAUAUGCCGGUUGAUAGUCACGGUUGGGUUCACCGUGCUCCCAACCGAGCUCCAGAGCCAACUCAGCGUGGACAACUCAGAAGUAGAAGCGGCUUCGGUGGAUUUUGGGAUGCUUGAUAAAGGGGAGCCUCUGGCAGUUAUGCACCCUGGUUCGGCAGAUGAUAUAGCUCAGUUGGUUAGAGCGGCGUACGAGGGAGGAUUUUCGGUGUCUGCAAGAGGGCACGGGCACUCCAUAAAUGGGCAGGGAUUGAUAAAGAGAGGGACGAAGGGAGUGGUGAUAGAUAUGGGGAGUAAGAAGGGUGUUGGAAGUGUGUGUGAGAAAGGAAUGUAUGUGGACGUGUGGGGUGGAGAGUUGUGGAUAAAUGUGUUGAAGGCCACUCUCCAGUAUGGGUUGGCACCCAUGUCUUGGACUGAUUAUUUGUACUUAUCUGUGGGUGGUACCCUCUCCAACGCUGGCAUCAGUGGUCAAGCCUUCCAUCACGGCCCCCAAAUCUCCAAUGUCCAUCAGCUCGAUGUUGUUACAGGUAAAGGUGAGGUGUUGACGUGUUCGGAAGAGAGUAACUCAGAGUUGUUCCAUGCUGUUCUUGGUGGUCUUGGUCAGUUUGGAAUCAUCACAAGAGCUAGAAUUGCUCUCGAGCCAGCUCCACAAAGAGUUCGUUGGAUACGAGUGCUGUAUUCGAAUUUUGCCAAGUUUACUAAGGAUCAGGAGUACCUGAUAUCUGUGGAAGGUAACAAAGAGAGGUUGGAUUAUAUAGAGGGGUUUGUGAUAGUUGAUGAAGGGUUGAUCAAUAAUUGGAGGUCCUCUUUUUUCUCACCAAGUAACCCUGUCAAGAUCAGUUCCCUCAAUAAAAAUGCCGAUGGUGGUGUUUUAUACUGCCUGGAGUUUACCAAGAAUUACCACCAACAUCAAGCUGAUUCUAUUGAUCAGGAAAUAGAAGCUCUAUUGAUAAAGUUGGAUUUUAUACCAGCAUCGGUGUUCACAACGGACCUGCCUUAUGUAGAUUUUUUGGACAGAGUACAUAAGGCAGAGCUCAAGCUUAGGUCCAAGGGUUUAUGGGAGGUUCCCCAUCCAUGGCUCAACCUUUUUGUUCCAAAAUCUAGAAUAGUGGACUUUGACAAGGGGGUGUUCAAGGGCAUUCUUGGAAAUAAGACUAGUGGGCCAAUUCUCAUCUACCCUAUGAACAAAGACAAGUGGGACCAGAGGAACUCGGUGGUGACGCCAGAGGAGGAUGUGUUUUACCUGGUGGCAUUUCUGAGAUCAGCUUUGGACGAUGAGGCGCUGGAGUACCUGAGUGAUCAGAACCGUCGGAUCCUGAAAUUCUGCAAUGAUGCGGAGAUCAACGCCAAACAGUACCUGCCCCAUUACACAACCCAACAGGAAUGGAUGGACCACUUUGGAGAUAGGUGGGACCAAUUCUACUCCAGGAAGAUGCAAUUCGACCCCCGGCGCAUCUUAGCAACGGGCCAGAGGAUCUUUGAGUUUCAUCCUCAUGCAAAUGCAAAUGCAAUGCAAUAAGGAGUUGAGGGAGGGUGGGGUUUUUCUUUCUUUUUUGAAAGGGUUCUUUUACACACAUGAUCCCGACCUCCUUGUCUUUUUACCCCAUCCCCUUCCUUGUACAUAUAUCAUUUUUCCCACAUAAUUUUAGGGUUAUCUAUCUUUUACUUCUCUCAUCUACAACAAGGGGGUUUUACCACUAUGUAAAUUUCACUAU